CUGGGAAAGCGCGACGUUUAAAUUUGCUUCCGGUUUCUUUCUGCCGCUAUCGAAACGCCAGACAUGGAGCGAAAUCAACACAGUGUGAGGACUCCACUCAACAGUGUAGUUGAGAGGAGGAGUAAAAGCAAAAGCUACAGGUUGUCGUACCGCAGCGGCCUAGGGGCAGCUUCACGUCCCUGCUUCACUCCAGGAUUGACAGCACGGCGGCUCGACACCAGCAGAAAGGCUCCAAAGUCUCGCGAUAUCACUGAAAAGAUGACGAAGGAGCAGCUGACCUUACUGGUGCAGACGGAGUGGCAGCUGUCGUACGUUACUCCUCUGUACCGGUUCAGGCACACACAGCUAAAGAGCUACUCCAGGCAGCUGUCUGCGUUUAUUGCUGCAGAGAAGCAGCAAGGUUUGGCGGUGGAUGUGGAGGGAACAGAUAACACCUUCAGAGUCUCUUUCUCUUUGGUGCAGGGGAUGACAGAGUCAGUUGAUGAUGCUGAGACCGUCCUCAUACAGAUCCACAGGAAGUCUUUGUUUGCCAGCCAGAAUGAACCAUUGAAGCCAGUCUGGAGCGGCUGGCUUACCUGCAUCAACGUGAACCCCGGGUACCUGCAGUCACUCACUAAGGACUUCAUCUGCCUGCCGCUGUUCUGCAGCAGUGGGGCCGGGGCUCUCACUACAUUAGUUCAAUCCUGGUUCCAGCAAUCCUUCGACUGCUGCUUCGGCCCUCUGGAAAUCAGCCACAUGAGCCUCCAAUGGCUGAUUGCAUUAUGGAUUAACUGCAACCCUGAGUCCAGCAUCCGGCAGCUCAAAAUGAUCUGGACUCUUCCGGUAGAGCCACCGCUGAAGGUCACAUACACAGUGAACUCUGAAGACGCCUGGGAGCUGUGGAGAACUGUGAGGAAGGAGGAUAGAGCGGGGGAGGAGGAGGAGGACAGUAUUGACAUUGAGGAGGUGACGAGCUUCAUGCAGGGCCUGAAGGGACACUUCUUCAGACACUUCAGGCUGGAUCUGUCCGCGGGCUGCCUGAACGAGGUCUCCACAGCUCUGGGAUCAGCCAAGCACACCGGCAUGAUCAAGAUCUCCAACAGCAAAUACCUGAUCACCACGCUGACGCUGCUGACCGAGUGCGCCAUCCUCAAAAUGCCCAUCUGAGGGACACAGUAAAGACUGUUACCCGUGUUGUUUACUGUGCUGCAAAAAUGUAGGUUCUUUUUGUUGUAAAUACCUAACCUUAUUAUAUUCUUUUCCCAUUUCUUUAUAUAUGUUUGUCAUUUAUAGUUGUAAAUAAAAGUGAAAAGCAUGUUU